UCUUUCCUCUUCACUUUUCCCCCCAAAUUUCUUCCUUCCACCGCCGGAGACACCCGAAUUUUGGCCCAAUCGAAACUCCGGUCACCGCCAUCUCUUCUCCGGUCACCACCAUCUCUUCUCCGGUCACCACCUCAAAAACCGGGAGUAUGUUUUCGAUAUUGUUGAUAUUCGCGUAUCUGAUGGCUGAUGUGGCCCCCUGGGGACAUGGGGGUGACGGCGCUGGUGAUCCACCGAUUCCUCCUGGUGGAUUUCGUGGCACACAUGAGACAGACGCGGUUCCCCCGAAGAGGGUUAGGGGGAAAGCAAAAAACGAGAAACUAAGGCGUCUGGUAAAAGCGGGGGGGCCUGUAUCGCUUACGUUUGACAGGCAGGUGACGUAUACCCCUGUUGGUAAAACAAGGGAUAUGUUUUCACGGGAGGCCGGCCUGUAUAUGUGGCGGUCCAUCCCCCUCGAUAAAAUUGGAUGGGAUAACGUUGAACAACAUUACAAGGAUGCCCUCAUGAACCACUUACGGGAAAAUUUCAAUUUUGAUGAAGUGGAACGUGAUAUAGAGGCCAAAAACUUGACGGGUGGCAUUAGGGCUGUGCUUAUGAAGCGGUACUCUGACCGCAAGUACGAGGCUAAAAAAUUAUUUAAGAGCAAGGGAGGUUACAAUGAUCUUGAGAGUGCAAGGGCAUUCCAUCCCAAGGAUAUGCCCUAUGAUAACUGGUUGAGAACCAUUGAAGGUUUCCGGGAAGCUAAAUAUAUUAAAAGAAGCGAGGCCAACACACUAGUACGCGAGAAACAACAAUUCCCAUACCGUGGGGGGACAUCUUCGUACGGUAGCACCGCCUAUAAAAAUGAUAUGGAUUGGGUACCUACGUAUGCUAAAACCCACACGGACAAUCAAGGGAAUUGGGUUGAUCCGGUUGCUGAACAAAAUUACCGGAACAUACAACAGGCCACAAGUCAAUGGAGCGGUGAGGGUCCGCCAAUUGCCCCGUAUCAGGAAGCGUUGGGUGAGCGGCGAGGAUGGUACCGCGGGAUGGGGCCUAAACCUUCUUCCAACACGUCCUCGCACUCGUCAUCUAACAUGUCGUCUUCGCAAGCUCGGACGCAAGAACCCUUUUCCGAGGAUUUUGUUAACAGCUUGUUCCAAACCCCGUCAUUUUUGAACCAACUUAACAACUAUCUUGCUUCACAAGGAAAAGGAAAGUCAAAAGACUACGAUUCUGACAACUUAUUCGAUAAUGAAUCCGACGAUGAACCCAACGAUAACGAUGACGAUGAGUGACUUGUUUUUAAUGUAUGCUUUGGAUUUAAUUAAACGUUGUAGGAUAUAAUGUACGACUUAAACGUAGUUUUUAAUUAUAUUACCUUUAGUAUAUGUUGAUUAUGUUCA